AUGGACGGUGCACUUACAACGCCCAUGGCUCCUGCAUCACCUGCACCUCCCUCAUUGGAGGCCAAUACCGAUUACGCCUUCUGCUCCGCCGCCGUGUCCACCCCGAUCUACGGUCAACUGGAUCUUUAUGCCGCGGUUGCUGCCGACUACCCUUUGAUGGAGGAGCUAUGUCGAGACCAGAAACUGCAGAUCGACCGACGGCAAACGCAGUUGCAAUCGUACGUCGAGAUUGCCCCGCGCUUGGCAACCUAUGUCCAACAGCGUUAUCUCGACCUCUGGACGGAUCGCCAAGACUUUAUCGAGAGUUUGCACGGGUUCCAGACGGAGCUGGCGCGGAUCUUGGGUCAAGAUUACGUGGUCCGAGAACUUAAGACGGCUCUCCCAGAAGCCGAAAAGAAGUUUAAACAAGUCGAGGAUCUGCGCACUCGUGAAUCUUCCGCCGCCCAACAGCAAUUAGAAGCGAUGACUUUGCGCCUGGCUGCUGUGGACCAAAAUUCGGGCGGCGAUCUCCAAGCCGCAACAGCCAAGGCGUCCAAGUACAAAAAACUCUCCCGCAGAGUUGACAAGAAGCUUGACACGACCAGACUGGGAUUGGAAAACAUGUCGAAGAUCCAUCAAGACUUCCUCCACGACCAAGAGCUCGUAGAGGCGGAGCUGCAAAUUAUGCGAUCAGACCUAGCAGACCGGGACGCCCUUGUGGAUCGUCUGCGUAAUCAAGCAUCGAACUGGGAACAGUAG